AUGAUCAGCACAGUUAAUGAUGAUGACACUGCAUAUGGACUCAUUAUAGCUGCCAGUCGAGGACAUACAGAAAUUUGUCGUUUAAUUCUUGAAAAACGACCAAAUGCUGCGCAUUAUGUUGAUGCACAACACUGGAAUGCCUUCAGAAGUGCUGCAUGUAAUAAUAACGUGGAAAUCAUCGAUUUACUUACUAAAUAUGGUUAG